AUGCAGAUGCAGCGGUGCGUUUCUCGCGCACUCGCGACACGAGCUAGUUUAUUUACGCCCAUCACACUCAUGCCAUGUUUGCGAAUCAGCUUUUCACUGCUCUCCCUUGCCCUGAUUAUGGGCACUUGCCGCGCGUUCGCACAGAAGCCGCUGGCGAUGGGGACGAACAAGCACGUUAACGCUACUCUGCUCUCCUGUGCUUUCCACGCGCCCCGGCGCCCCGGCCGUUUCCUCUGCCUCUUCCAAGCCCUGCAACCCCCGGCCUUGCUGCGCGUCCCAAAGCGGAAGCACCGCCGCCACGCGCUUGGCUGCCUCCAAGUGUGGAAUGGAGGACUGCGGCGGGGUCCGUUGUUCUUUGGGCCUCCGGGGGGGCGUUAUUCGCAGGGGGGCGUCGGCGCCCUUGCAAACCCUCCGGUGCCCCCUCCACUGCCCCUUCAGGGCGUGGGGCCCGUGUCUCCUGUCGCUGACAGCGUGCGCGCUGAGCCGGCGGCAACGCCACAGCUGCGCCAGGACUGGCCUCACUCACGUCCCCAGUAUCCGGGCGCGGGCGUGGGAGAAAAGAUCUGCCGCGAGUGGGCGCGUUCGCCAGCACGACUUGCCCUGGAAACGAGGGGGCGUAGCGUCCACCGCCGCCCCCUCGCCGCGCCCCCGGAGCCUCCGUGGUGCCUGGGCGGGUUUGCUCGCGUAGUCGACGGAUGA